AUGAGUCUCCAUCUUUGCAACAACGUUAUUCCUUUGGAUCUGCUGUUCGAGAUUCUUAGCCUUCUGCCUUCAAAAUCCCUAGCUAGGUUUAUGGCCGUAUCUAAAUCAUGGCAAGAAAUCAUCAGCAGCAAGAGUUUCAUCAGAUCACGAUCCUUGACUCAUCCUUUGCGUUUCCUACUCGCUUUACACGAUACAGAUGACCAAACUGGACGCCUAAGUUGCAGCUUCUUCUCUUCUUCUUCGCUAUUGUUGUCAUCAACAUCGAUACCAACCAAUUUUCUAUCCAGAAUAAUUCUUCCUCUCCGUAAACCCUCUGACCCUACCUAUUACGUUAAUGGUUUGCUGAACAUUGGAGAGAUCAUAUGUAACCCUUGCACCGGGGAGACCGUAUAUUUACCAGAGCUUGUCGACAGAACAACAAGGUCUACUCCAAGGCUAGACGAGCGCUUUUUCGGAUAUGAUCCUGUCAAUAAUCAGUACAAAGAAUUGUGCAUCACACGUUAUAUCAAUAUUGCAGAACACAAAACGACGAAUUAUUAUCAGGUAUUCACAUUGGGAGCUGAACCUAAAACAUGGAGAUUUAUCGAUUGUGGCAUUCGUCACAGACCUUGGUCUAACGGUCUGUGUAUUGAUGGGUUUGUGUACUACAUUGCCAGCCUGGACAAAGGAAUGUGUCUGAUGAGAUUCGAUUUGAACUCUGAGAGGUUUGAUGUCUUUGCUAGAUUAUCUGAGAAAAUGGAUACUUUGUUUUUUCUUGACGAAGGUUCAAAAACUUUGAUAAAUUACCAUGGCAAAGUAGCCAUUGCCAUUCGACGUUUUCAAGUGCCUUCAGUUGAGUUGUUUGUUGUCAAAGCAGGAAAACAGGAAUACAAAGUAAAGUCUUUUGAUAAUCUUCCCCAGCUUCACUUACCUAUAAAAGGUGUUACUAAUAAUCAUAUGAGUGACAUGAUUUUUGCACCAAUCGAUUCCAGAGGUGAGGUUAACGUUAUCCACCACGAUCUCCUUGGAGCUAGUUUUACGAAGAUGACGUUUGAAGUUGACGCAAAGAGUGAAUGGGAAAUUGGGUCAAAUUAUUUCAUGGGUUACGUAGAGUCUUAUGCUGCUGUAAGCUAG